UCUGACCUCGAGGAAAGCUGCCAGACUUCUUCAGGCAGAACAUUUUGGAGAAGCAGCAAAGGGCUGGUGUAGCUUGGAGCCCUAUGUGCAGGCAGGUUGUGUGGCAGGGUCAGCUCCACGUUCCCUGUGACACGUUGGGGUGCUGCAGGGACAAUGGGGCAAUGCAGCCAUUUGUGCCUGCAGCUGUGCUUGUCACCAAAGGAGGGGACAGCUGUUCUGCCCAGAUCGAUGUCUGAUGGCAGCAGCCUGGGGGGAGCACAUUGAUCGGGGCAGAAAGAGAAAUGGCAAACACUUGACUCAGUUAAAGGAUCGGCUGUUCCCUGCUGGGUCCUGACUCCAGCAGUUGUGCCUAAAACUUCCAUUUGAUUUCGGAACACUUCGGUUUUACUUCCUAAAGUGCCUGAGUGACUAAAGACCCCCAGGACAGCCAGUGCCUGGGCACAGGAGUUAGAAGGAACUGCACAGGCUUUACCUGAAUGCUAAUUAAAGCUAAAAGUAGCAGUUAGAAAUAUAUCCCGAGUCCUUUGCUGGUGAAAGAUGAAUCCUGAGCAAAGAAAAGAGUAGAAGAGCAGCCACUGUCCUUAUGGACCCCAAAGGUGGAGCGUUAGAGAAACGCUAAUCCCUGCACCGCCCCGUCACCAAGAGGAUUAGGCAGGAGUUCAUCUGGUCGCCGAGGGGCAGGAGGGGACGCGCCCGGUGCAUGGCUGGGGAGCCAUGGGCCGGCAGCGCGCACCGCCCGGGCCGUGCUGGAGGCGGCUCCUGCGUGCCGGCUGCUGGUGGCUGCUGUCGCUCUGCGGGACGGCGCUGCGGGGGCUGCGGGGGCUCUGGAGCCUGACGUGGGUCCUGCUGAUCUGCUACAAGAGCUGCUGGGAUGGCGCUUUCCAGGUCACCGAGGAGCUCGGCACAGCCCUGCAGCUGAGACUAGAGGGGAGUGAGGAGGAGGAGGAUGGGGACUCAGAUUCUGCACUGGAGCCUGGACAGACAGUGGUGGGGCUGCAGCAGCAUGGUGAUGCCAGCGAGGCCAUGCUGCGGAGGCUGGAGGCACUGGAGGCCGACGUGCGCUUCCUCUGCACGGAGCUGGGGGCUGAGAAGCUUCUGUGGAGCAGCCGGUUCCUGGAGCUGCUGCGGGAACAGCAAAGCCUGCACCAACGGGUGAGUCCCCUGUGGGGUCCAGCCCCCACAGUCCCCUCUGGCACUCCAGACCCUCACACCCUAUUCCAGCUGCAGGAGCUGCCAUGGCAGUGGAACAGGGGUGACAGCCCCGAGCUGCUCGGGGAAGCAGAGGACCAAAGUGCCAGUGGGAGUGAGGGAGAGAGCCCAGAAGGACACCAAUGGAUGGAGGCACCACAGAAACCACGUAGUUUCAUCCAGCCUGACAGGCAGAAAAUGUAAGUGAAGAUGUGAGCAGGGCCUCAGCAAACCAGGAAGGAUCCACACAUUCCUCCCUGCCCAGGCCCUGCAGGACACAGGCCCAGCUGUAUCCCUGUAUGUGCCUCCAUCCCUCGGUGCUGGCUGGGCCUGGCCCCAUCCAGCAGAACUGCAGCCAUUUCCCAGGAGCAGGAACCAGCUGGGAAGCAGGUCAGGACAAGCCACUGACCCUGGGUCUACCCUAGGACAUGUGACAGCCCUCUCUGCCCAGGGCCGCCCCUGGGCUGACUCUGCCCCAUGGGGGCUGGCUCUGGUGAAGUCCACCGAGGAGCAUCCUCCGGCUCUGCUGCUUGGUGGGAGGUUCCAGGAACAAGGAGUCUGGUCAGCGCUGGCUUCAGUCACCUUGCUCUGGGGGUGACGAUUGCAAAACUCACCCAACUGACUUCCUGAUCGGCCAGAUCCAUCCUCUCAGUCAGCUACUCCCGCACAUGUCGCAACCCUGGGCCAGCUCCUUGAGACAGCGGUCAAGGGCAACCGGCUCCCCAGGCAUGGCUGAUGGCCCCUCAUUGGCCAGAACAACUGGGCCCGGGAUGCUGAGCCACGGGAGCACCGGCACUGCAGGGCUGAGGGGCUGCCUGGUGCCCAGGCCUGGCCCAGCACAGGGGGGCUGCAUCCUGCCCCAGGCUCCCACUCUUCAAUACAGGCAGCCACUUUCCA